AUGGUAUCAACAAGGAAAGACAGAUAUACGUCGACCAGACCUCAACAAACCUAUACCACGGUCAUCCUGACACCCAACUUUGCAAAGCGUUGGACAACUGGUGGAAAACUGCAAGGAAACUUGGCUGAAAGCUUGGGCGUUGCCCCCCUGAUCGCGCCUCACCCUACAGACUUAACAUCUAAACUGAUCAUCUCAAAGGACAUCUCAAAGGACACCCUGUCCACGUCUGACCAAAGUAACUUGCAAAGCCCGCUACGUAAGAACUUCAAACUUGCCAUUCGUGCGCUGCCAGGAAGCCACGAAUCCAAAGAGGAUUCCCGAGUGACGUCACACGACAACUACACAUCAGCGCAAAGUCCAGGACUGCCUGCCAGCAACCACCCAGAGAGAAGAACAGCCUUCAACUCAACUCAAAACCAGACCCCUGUACUGCAGGAUAAAGCUGAAUGUGCCAGCGCUGGACAGGUUUUUAAUGGUUUUGGGCUGAGCAGGGAGGCUCUGACAGUGCUGCUUGAUCUUCUGAGAAGUGCCACAAUCCAGACCCUGGUGUUUCUCUUCUGUCUGGCCAGUGGUGCAUCAUACAGAGUGGUCUCCAGAGCGUUUGACAUGCCUCGGUCCACUGUCCACCGCAUUGUCCUCCGAGUCGCUGAUGAGGUGCUGGCCAUUCACCAAGAGAUUCACCUCCCGAAGACCCCAGAACACCUGGAGACCUGAUGGAAGAGAGCGAGGAGAGUGAAGAACUGAGUGAAGUGGACGAGGAGCAUCAUGACAAACCUGGAGAAAAAAACUAAAAUACAUUUUUAAAGAAAAGAAAAUCCAAUAAAUCUAUCACCUGCACUCAGUGUGGAAAGAGUUUCCCAUGCAACUCGAGACUUGAGUGUCACAUGAGAGUUCACACCGGAGAGAAGCCGUUCACGUGUGGCCAAUGUGGAAAGAGCUUCACGCAAUCAGCAAGCCUUAAAUGUCACAUGAAUAUUCACUCUGGAGAAAAGCUGCACAUGUGUGAACAGUGUGGGAAGAGUUUCACAAACAAACAUAGUCUAGAGUGUCACAUGAGAGUUCACACUGGAGAGAAACCGUUCAAGUGUGAGAAGACUUUUACUACAGCGAGCUGUUUAAAACUGCACCAAAGAAUUCACACUGGAGAGAAACCUCACAAGUGUUCAUACUGUGACAAGCGAUUCAGUGUGUCAUCAAAUCUGAGAAGACAUGAGAGGAUUCACAGCAGAGAGAAGCCGCACACAUGUGAUCAGUGCGGAAAAAGUUUUUCUUUUAAAAGUCACCUGAAGAUACACAUGAAGAUCCAUGCAGUGGAGAAACCGGAUCACUGCGAUCCAUGUCAGGAGAGAACUUGCAGAAAUCAAUCAGAUGGAGAGAGCACGAGUGAAACUGAACCUGCAGAAUGAACCGUCAUGAUACUGAAGAUCAAACAGACCUGAUGGAUGUGAACCAAACAGGAAAACCAGAAGCCAAAAGAAUCUGUCACCUGCCUGAGGUGUAAAUCAAGGCUAAAUGAGAGUUCACACUGGAAAAACCUUUCAGGCCAGAGUUCAAGUCAAGUCAAGUUGAGCUUUAUUGUCAUUCCGCUACAUGCGGGGGCAUACAGUGGAACGAAAUGUCGUGCCUCACAGGACCACGGUGCUGCAUAAAUACAGGCAUACAGCAAUGAAGUAAAACAAUAUAAACCUAUCCUGAACCUAACCUAAACUGUCCUACUGAUAGAUUUGGACUAUAAAUAUAUUAUAUAUAUAUAUAUAUUUUUUUUUAACCUAUACAUAAACUAAAAAAUACAAACUAUACGAGUGCUUCAGAUAAAUACUGUACAUGUGCGAAGAGAAACAUUGUGAGUCAGCAGCUGGCUGGGGAACAGUGCAGGAUGAUUUGUAGUGCAUGAGCAUGUAAACAUACAUAUAUUACUGAGUCUUUUUGUGGGAUUUGUAUACACACAGCAGUGUGUGUGAAAAAUGUCAAGUGCGCAUAGAGGAGGAGAGUGUGGUACUACAGGUGGGUUGUACAGGCCCACUCACCUGUGUGUAGCACACUUCGAUUGCACAAAAAAAAGUUCCAUAAGUUUCAGAUGGACCAUGU